UAAAAAUGAUGACGAUGAGAGAUCAGAUACACGCACACUGAAAUUACCGAUUCAUAUAUACGCACGGACAGAGAGUCGGGUAUCUUUAGUCUACUCACCUAACUUUUGUAGAUUUUUUGUUCUCUUCUGAUUUCCAGGGGUUAGUGAGAUUGCAUAAUCUGAGAGUUUCUUGAUGGGAGCUGUCCUCAGCCUUGGUAGUGCCAAGUGUAGGAUAAGUGAUUGCAGUGAGACCUCAAAGAAUGAAAGCUGCAAGAAGCAAAAAAUGUCACUUGGCUUUACUGAUGAUGGCCCACGACUAAUUCCCAAUCUUCCUGAUGAGUUGUCAAUCCAAAUUCUAGCUCGGGUCCCUAGAAUUUGCUAUUUCAACAUGAAGUUGGUGUGCCGAAAGUGGAAGGAAACAGUUAUGAACCCUGAAUUGUUUAAAGUGAGAAAAGAACUGGGAAUGAGAGAAGAAUGGUUGUAUAUUUUGACAAAAGCAGAAGAUGAUAGACUUUUGUGGCAUGCUUUGGAUCCUCUGUCGAGAAAAUGGCAGAGAUUGCCUCUACUUCCGCAUGUUGUUCAUGAAGAAGAAUCCAGGAAGGGUUCUUCUGGACUUUGGAUGUGCAAUGUGGUUGGACCAAGUGUUAAAUUUGCUGAAAUGGUGAAGGGAUGGCUUGGUUUGAAGGAUAAGUUGGAUCAAAUUCCAUUUUGUGGUUGUGCCAUUGGUGCUGUUGAUGGAUGCCUCUAUGUGCUAGGAGGAUUCUCUAGAACCUCAACCGUGAAAUCCGUGUGGCGGUUUGAUCCAAUUUUAAAUUCAUGGAGUGAAGUGACUUCCAUGUCUAUAGGUAGGGCCUACUGUAAGACAGGCAUUUUAAAUAAUAAGCUCUAUGUUGUUGGGGGGGUUAGUCGUGGCCGGGCAGGAUUGACUCCUCUUCAGUCUGCUGAAGUUUUUGAUCCCUGCACUGAUACGUGGUCUCAAGUUCCAAGCAUGCCAUUCUCAAAAGUUCAACUGCUACCCAAUGCGUUCUUUGCUGAAAUGCUGAAGCCUAUUGCCACUGGGAUGACUUCAUACAUGGGAAGAUUAUGUGUGCCUCAAAGCUUAUAUUCAUGGCCCUUUUUUGUAGAUGUUGGAGGAGAGAUUUAUGAUCCUGAUACAAAUUCAUGGGCAGAAAUGCCAAUUGGCAUGGGAGAGGGUUGGCCUGCACGACAGGCAGGUACAAAAUUGAGUGUCGUAGUUGAUGGUGAAUUAUAUGCAUUUGAUCCUUCUAGUUCUUUGGAGAGUGGUAAGAUUAAGGUAUAUGAUCAAAAAGAAGAUGCUUGGAAGGUUGUAAUAGGAGAAGUCCCAAAAUCUGAUUUCACAGAUUCUGAAUCUCCAUAUUUACUUGCGGGUUUUCAUGGAAAGCUUCAAGUUAUAACAAAAGAAGCCAAUCAUGAGAUUUCUGUUUUGCAGGCUGAUCUGCGUUCUAAUUUGGGUUCUAUGCCAUCGAGCUCAGCUUCUCUUCCAGAUGGUUUGUUACAAGAUCAUUCUGAUUCACUUGCAGUAUCAGAUACUGUUGUUUGGAAGGUCAUUUCCACUAGGGAUUUCGGGUCUGCUGAACUUGUCAGUUGUCAAGUUCUCGAUAUAUAGCAGCAUGCCAAGCAUUCUGGCAGAGAGUCUUGUUGUAGUAUGGGUCUUCAGGAUUCUCUACAAGCUCUAUAGGUGGAAAAACUGCUGAAAUUUUUUCAAGUUGAGUACUGGCACAUUCAAGUAUUUAAUGUAUGCUUUUUUCUUAUACAUUCAAAUUUAUCAUGAUGGGAAAUCUGCCAACAAGAUUGCAAAUUAAAGUAAUUAUGUCCAGAGACUAUCAGAGAGCGCCUCCAAUAUUCUUGUGGAUCACCUUGCCUCAUCACCUUUAGAUUUGGUGAUUUUCAUAUUCAAAUUACACAUGCUGUUGAUUUUCAGAUCUGGCAAGUCGGUUAGUUAGCAGUUUAAAAAUGAAUACUGUGGCCUUAAUAUUGGUCGAAAUUUGAACAGAUGUAAAACUUGAUUUCUAAUUGGAGGUUUGUCGAGUGAAUUAUUUGUUUUCUAUUGAAAGCUUGUGUGUAAUGUAUAAAGAACUAUACGGAAAGUGCAAACCAAAUAAAAUGGGACAUUCUGUUUUACUUGCA